CUACAAAGCAGCAGCUUCGGCACGCUGUCACAAAGCCUCGAGCAUCCCAAAACAGUCGCACUAUCAUCAGCAAUCCUCAGCGAUAGCUAGGAACCCGAUCCGACACGAUGAAGUACCUUGAUUUGUGCGCCCUCCACGAGGUCAACCUCGCGCUCAACUUCGACACGCAAGACACAGCGAUCAUCGGCGGGUGCGACCUCUGGACGGUCAAAGCAGCCGGCAGCGAUAAAAAGCUCUACAAGCGCAUCGAGAACACGCUCGAAGCCCGACACAGAGACCACCUCGCGGCCAUCGCAGACCUGUCCGCGCAGUCGGCUGCGCAAUUCGCUGAUGACAUCGACGCAGAGAGGGAUACACCGUUUGGCAGCUUUAACGAGGCGUCGAACAGACAUACGUUUGCGUACCUUAUCGCGACACUCAACGCGACGCACAUCGACUACGACUUCGCCAACACGCUAAACCCAGACGAGUUCCGCCGCGAAACGCAGCAGAGCUUCAUACACAAGAUCGACCAGACCAUGUACUACCUCCGUCCCCAGGUGUACUCGGCUGGGCUCCCCGCAGGCGCGGUCACGCCGCUCGGGUCACCGAUCUGGAGUCCCCGAUCGUGGCAGCUGCUCGACAGCGAGAUGGACAUGGCCAGCUGCGAAUACUACGGGUGGGAGCCGUCGGACGACCCGUUCGCCGACGAUGGGGCUAUCUGGAGCCACCACUUCUUCCUGUACAACCGCGAUCGGAAGCGCGUCAGCUACUUCUACCUGCGCGGCAUCUCUGCGCUGUCGCCGAGUCCCAGCAUGUCCAUGUCGCUCAUGAGCAGGUUCAAGCAGACCAAGAUUGAGUCGAGCACCAACGCGGGAUCGCGCAAGAGGGCUGAGUACUGGCUGGGCGAGCGCGCCAAGAAGGGCCUCGAGGCGUACGGCGACAGCGACGAGCUGGAUAACAUGGUCAUCGACCACCCCGGCGAGGUCGUCGACGCGGACCAGGACGGGUUCGUGCCGAUCCGCGAGAUGAGCAUGGACGCCGAUUAUUACGAGAGCGAGGGCGAUAGUGAUGUGGAGAGUUUGGUGGAGAUGCACCGGCGCAAGAGUGGGGUGCGCACGAUGAGCCAGGGCAUCAUGGACCGCAUGGAGCUGUGAGCAAGCGAGGCCAGGUCGCGGGUGUAUAAGGGGUUGAUCAUGUCAAGCAUCAUGGACCGCAUGGAGCUGUGAGCAAGCGAGGCCAGGUCACGGGUGUGGAUAGGGGGUCAUAUAACUCGACAGUGCACGGCGAUGCACUUGCGAGGCUUUCUUUUGGUUGCAUAUACCGGCGUUGGGGGGGACAGAUUUUGCGCAGCGAAGGAGUGUUUUUUUUUUCUUCUUUUCUUUUUUGUUGCGUUGGGGACUGUGCUUACUCGACGACUACGAC